AGAACUCAACUUUUUUCUGCCACAUACAAUAUGGCGGUGACGUUGACGUGCGAACCUGCGCCCUAAUGACGUGUCUACGUAUAAUGAUGUCUGUAGCCGCCCCUAUGUGUCAUUGAAAAAAAGUGCCACCCAUACCAAAAACCGCCACUGGCUGCUCCUACUUGUGGGAAUCCACUGCGGGACACGAAUCUGACUGGAAGCAGGAUCAGCAGCGGAAAAGGUCUCAUGUCAACAACGCUGGACCUGAUGAAAAAGCAGCGUUUAACACCUGGGACCCUGUCCUCUGCGUCUCUGAAAAGAAGACUGUUAAAGAAGAAGAGGAGAGUCGCACCGGGGAUCCAGCGAGCCGCGGACAGCGACUGUGAGCCGUGCAGGUGUUUCAUGUUUUCUUCAUCGGGCAGCAGUCGCUCUGUUCGUCGGAUUCUGACAGCCUGCGUGCUCUCCUUCCUGGCUCUGCUUGGCUCUGUAUCCCUUGACCUUAGCUCCAACUUUGUUUUGCUUGAAGCUACGGAAGCUGCAUACAAUGAACUAAAUUCAUGCAGGACAAUAGCUCUUCUGCAACUAAUUAAUGAGCUGCAGAAGAUGAGACAUUUACUGACCAAAGACUCAGGCAAUGAGACCCUGGGAUCAGGUUUCCUACCAUUGGAUUACCUCUGUGGUAAAGUGGUGAACUACAGACUCAAUGGUACCCUUCCUUGCAGCGCAGAGUUGUCUGGAUUCUGUCAGCAGAUGAAGAGAAGCAUACAGAUAUUUCUAAAUGCAUCCUUGGCUACCAACGGCACAAAUUCUAUUUUCACUCAGGUCAUAGAGAGACUUUUGACCCUCUGGGGCUCAGUAGAAGUUGAUUUAAGUAAUGCCAAACAAAAUUCAAACUGGAGAGAUGUUCUGUCCGCCAGACUUCUGGUAACAUUCAUAGAACUCAACUACCAGCUGAUGUUCUACCACAACACGAUGACUCCUGCUGACUUCCAGCAAAGGUGGAGUCACACUCUGAACUUCCUGAGCUUAUGUAGCGUAAUGACAGAGCGACUGAAUGACUGCUGGUCAGAGAAUAUAGACCUCAGGAUAAACUUAAGUCUGGAAGCUCAACAUCUGUAUACUUUGGACCCAGGUCCAUGGCAGAUAUCUGGAACAAGAAGCAAGCUUCUUUCAGGGUCACACACAGGAAUUCAGGCUCUGAUAAAAACCCAACAGUGCUUGUUUGAUCGCGCAUCCCUAGCUCUCCGGCUAGCAUCUCGAUCCAUGUCUUCAAUCCUCAGCAUGAGGAUCUGCCUGCUGGCAAUGGCAUGCCUCAUCUACCCUGUGGUGAUGUUCUCUUUCAAACAGAUGACAGAGUGGAUCCAGAACUAUCUUCAAAGUUUAAAAGAGAAAACUGAGGAUCUGAAACGCCAGAGGAAGUUGGCUGAAGAUCUGUUGCAUCAAAUGCUGCCAAAGUCAGUAGCCAAGCAGCUCAGGAAGCAAAAACAGGUUGAAGCUGAGAGCUAUGAAAGGGGCAUUACCAAACCCAUCUCUAGAUGACGAAGCUGCAGGGUUUAUGAUGUUGCUAUGAGGUGGUUACAUCUGCAAGAUCUGCAAAAACCCUAACUGAACGUGUGUGUUUGUUGCUUUUGUUGCUAUUGUUGGCGUAAUUACCUUUAAUUGCCCUGCUACAUAUUCAUGUGGAGAUAAAACAAGUUGUACAGAUGAAAUUAUGUCUGGCAUAUUGAAGAGGUUGGAAGCAGCUGGACCAAAAAAAUUGUUGUCUUGUUGGUAGGGGGUUGGGGUCUGGUUUAAAAAGAUCUGGUUUUUGAACCAAUAAAAAAGAAUGGACACACCUCUGUGGAACUCACUGAAAAAGUAAAAUAAGGCUCUGAUAUGAAACAGCAAAUACAGACUCGAAAACAGCAUACAUGUUGCAGCAGCUCUUCCUAUACUCGUAGCAGAAAAAUCUAUAAAACUUUGAUACUGAUCAUACAGAUUUAGUUCAUUGUUCUGUUCACCAAGCAGAUUUUCUAUUGAUAAAAAAAAAAAAAAACAAUAUGAAAGAUCUUCAGAUGACAAUUGACUGUUAAAUGUUUUAUUCAUUCUCUAAAUAAAAACUGACAUACCUCAGUUGGAACCAUGGUUCAUAAAAAGAAAACAACAUAUACAUUAUUAUAACUUAAUAUACGUAUUUCCUUUACCUAAUUACAUCAUGCACCAAGGAAGAAGAAAGAAAAAGUACAGGCAUAAAUUCCAGUCAAGUAUAUUUGGCGCUUGUAAAUCAGAAUGUUUAGUUGUGAAUAGGUUUUUUCACUUAAUAAAUGUCUGAGAAUUUCAUUUUUGUGCAUCCAUGGAUAAGAAUUUAUGCAUGUGUAAAAAAUAUGUGUAUUUGUAAAAAAAAAAAAAAAAGUACACAAUUCAAUCUGAAGAACUCACAUGGAAAGAAGAGACAAUUAGAAGAAUUUAUUGAUACAAUAUUUUAAGACUUUGGCCCAGGCCCCAUGAAGCAGCCGCCAUGAGCGAGCCGCCAGGAGCGAGCCCCGGGAGGGAGGGAUGGUCUCUGCACUUAGUGGAGAGCUGAGAUGUCGCAGGAGAUAAUCUGAGAUGUCGCAGGAGAUAAUCUGUUCUGCCCUCCCCCACCCCCCAUCUAACAUCAAGAUGGGGGGUGGGGGUGGGCAGAACACAGAACAGAUGGGUUUGGUUGUUGGGAUGGCACUGCUACAAGUCCUGGAAGAGUAGUGAAAGUUGAAGAUGGAGAACGGCGCUAGCUCUUCUGCGGCUCAGGUGGGUGUGACUUUCUCAUUUAGUGGAACAAAAUCAUUACCCAGCUGUAUAUUUUCAGAUGAAUAAAGUUCAGUUACUAUACCGAACUUCAGAAAAGUUGCUUCCAUUCAAAACUGAAGCAAAGCAUUUAAUUUUGUUAAAAGCCUCAAAGCAAGCUUUAACAUGGAUCUUAGUAUCACUCCUCACGUAGCAUGUAUCCAAAAAUAUUCCACUGUGUAGUCAGCUCAGUUCGCAUUAAAGAAAUCACCGCUAUGGAGCAUAAUGUCUUCAAUAUAACUUUUAUCUAAAAAUUGCUUUGGUAAUGGUUUAAACUGAAAUGGUUUGACUUGACGUCAACAAUGGCACUGGGUUAACCCUGAAUUAAAGUACUAUUACAGUGAUAAUUGUUUUCAUUGCUAACAACGUAAUGAUUUUAUUAGCUACCAGUACCCGUUUUAGUCAAGUUUAUUCUGUUUCAGGUUAUUGAAUAUGCUAAACUCAAGUAUGCUUUACUGAAAUUGUGGUUCAUCUAAUGUUCUCACAGGAGCAUUUAAUCAGGUAACAAAUUAGCCUCAUACUCUAGCUAAUUAGCACAGAGGUAGGGGUCCCCUGACCCCUGCUCGGAUCUUUGGUUCUCCACAACCACUAUCAAGC